AUGUCGGAUUACUUGAAUCUUAUUAAAUCAGCUAAAAAAACUCUAAUAAUACAAGACGGAAGAAGAAAAGUACAUUUUCUAUUGUCUGAUGGUAGAGAAUUUGUCGAAGAAUAUAACUUGAAUGAUAAUGUUCUUAGUAGGCGUGCAUGGAGAACAAAAAACAAACUGGGACGUGAUGAAGGUUGGUCAGUUGAAAUUGGAGAUCCAGAGCCAAAACAACGCAAUAGUUUUGACAUCGGUAUUCAAGAAAAUCAAAAUAAUCCGUUUUUAACGAGAAAAAUGACAAAACUAUGUCUAGAAUGGCGUAUAAGAAAUUUACCUUACUCAAAAGAUAUUUUUACUGUUCAUGUUAACGAUAAAAAGAAUAAAAUAAUUGUUAAAACGUCGAAUAAAAAAUAUUAUAAAGAAAUAGACGCUCCUGAUUUAGAGAGGAUAAAUUUAAAACUGGAACAAGAUCGUCUCAGUUUUGAUCAUAAAUUUAAUACAUUGAUUAUUAGUUAUAAAAAACCACCAGCUUUAUUAGAGAUGGAAAAAAAAAUUAUAAAUGAAGUUUUGGCUCUAAGAGCUGUAAAAGAAGGCGAUGUUCAAUGUCCAACUAGUUAA